AUGUCCUCAAACCUACGCAACCGCCGCGCCCAGGCCGAAGACACAACAACAUCUCCCCGAGUCGUCGAAGUCGACACAGACGAAGAAGUCGAAAUAACACGUACAACCGAACAACAACGCACACGCAACCGGCUAGAACGAGAAUACAAAAAGAGCAACAAGAAAUAUGUCGUGAAAGAUGAUGCUGAUGACGAUGACGAGAGUUUCCAUAUUUCUGUUCUUGAUAUUUUACGCGUGAUUGUCACGUUUAUAGUUUUGUCGGUUGCGUUGAGUUAUUAUGUUACAGCGGGGGAGAGUUAUAUCUGGGGAUUUGAGAAGCAAAGACCUUGGUGGAUGAGAUAUAACGGCAUUAAGCAGUUUCUGCAAGGACCGAUAAACCUCACGCCAUCCCAACUCGCUCUCUACGACGGCUCCGACCCUUCUCUACCCAUCUACCUCGCUCUAAACGGCACAAUAAUCGACGUCUCCGCGAACCCGCGCAUCUACGGCCCCGGCGGCGGAUAUCACUUCUUCGUCGGCACCGAUGCUACACGCGCAUUUGUAACGGGCUGUUUCAAGGAAGAUUUAACGGGUGACAUGACCGGUGUCGAGGAGCUGUAUAUCCCCAUUGAGGAUGCGGAUGAUUCGCAUCGUGAGAAGUCAUUGACGCCCGGGGAGAAGAAGAGAAGACAUGAGAGGGAGGUUCAGGAGGCGAGGGAGAAAGUGGCGGCGCAGGUUGAUCAUUGGGUAAAGUUCUAUUCGAAUCAUAACAAGUAUUUUGCGGUUGGGAAGGUUGUGCCUGAGAAGGACCAGGAGGAAGUUAGGGAGAAGAAGGAGUGGAAGUUGUGUGAGAGUGCGCAGCAGAAUAGGCCGAAGAGGAGUGAGUUGAACAAACAGUUAUAA